UAGAGAGAGGGGGGAGAGAUUUCUUAAAACCCAAUCCAGUCCAAUGCAAAAGCAGCACCAGAUUUGCGUAAAACCCACUUGAUUGCUUCACCUUCCCAGGCUCUUUCUCUCUCUCUCUCUCUCUCUCUCUCUCUCUCUCUCUCUCUCUCUCUCUAUAACUUGAAUUCUAAGUAUGAUUUACUCGCACUCCCUUUAAAUCAUCAAAAAUUAUUCCUGAAUUUUCCUCUCAUACAUCAUAAUCCAUAUAUUAGUCUUACCACCACCUCCACCUCUUUGUAUCUCACAGACCAUGCCAGAAUCAUUCCAGUCAUCACACUGAAAAGAAAAAAAUUUCAUUGAUAACAUUGUCCUUAGUCCUCCUCACAGUAAUCAAUAUUGGGAAAAUGGGACGUCAUUCCUGUUGUUUAAAGCAGAAGUUGAGGAAGGGUCUGUGGUCUCCAGAGGAGGAUGAGAAACUGUACAAUUACAUAACCAGAUUUGGUGUUGGGUGUUGGAGUUCAGUUCCCAAGCUGGCUGGUUUGCAGAGGUGCGGAAAGAGUUGCAGAUUGAGAUGGAUUAACUAUUUGAGACCCGACCUUAAGAGGGGAAUGUUCUCUCAGCAAGAGGAGGAUCUCAUAAUAAGCCUGCAUCAGGUUCUAGGCAACAGGUGGGCUCAGAUUGCAGCACAAUUGCCAGGCAGAACUGACAAUGAGAUUAAGAACUUUUGGAACUCGUGCUUGAAGAAGAAGCUAAUGAAGCAAGGCAUGGAUCCCAACACCCACAAGCCACUGAAUGAAACCGAAGUAGGAGAUGGCAAGAAUUGUACAGAGAAAGCAUCUCUGCAAGUAUUGCAGCCAAAAGGACUUCCUGCAGCACCAUCAUCUGCAGCUGAAUUUGAGCAGCCAUUUAUGGUGAACAAUUCGAGUUGCUAUGAUGGUGGACUAACAGAAGGGUCAAGAGUGCAGUUUAUGAACAAGCCAGGCUUUGAUCCUAUGUCCUUCUUUGAAUUCCAGGCAGGCGUUGAUCCAAUGGGGUAUAGUUCCAAUUUGUUAUCUCAAUAUCAUCAAACUAUUAGACCAUUUGAUCAAAACCAGUUGGAGGCGAAUUCCAAUGUGGGUUUCGCUUCAUUGCCUGGUUUAACCAAUUUUGAUCAGGGAAACUUGACGGAGACGGAUUUUUCUGAUAAUUCAGCUUCAAGAAUGGGUUCAUUUUUCUUCAAUGAAGCCAAGGAAAGUUCAAGUAACAGUUCAAAUAUAACUAGUCACACUGCUGGAUUCCAGAUUAACAAUAUGGGGGAAAAUGUGGCUUUCUCAUGGGAUGCAGAGAAUAAGUUGGAAGCUUUGUUUCAAUAUCAGAUUAGCGGUAUCAAAUCCGAAGAAUUGAAGCCAAGUUCAUGGUAUGGGGAUCAGGUUCAUAGUCAAAAUUCAGAAGAUUUCAGUAACUAUCCAUUGACGUCGCUAUCAGAAGAUCUAACCGGAGCAAGCUUUGACGUCUUCCAGCAGAUGUGAACUGUAAAUUCAAUUUUUUUUUUUUACAUCUCCUCCUCCCCCCUCUCUGUCUAAACAAAUACACACAGAUGUUGAUAGUACAGGGAAUUCCUACUGAAAGGUUUGAGAUGAGGAUUUUUCUUUUCUUUUCUUUUCUUUUUAAACCAGGUAACUGAAUAAAUUUAGCUGGGGUUUCUGAGUUUUCAA